AUUUUGUAUACUUAUCGAGAGUUGAAAAAUUUAUCUAUAGACUAUAAAGUGACGAAUAUUAUGCAUCAUUUAAGGAAAACUGUUAUAAUUACAUUUUACGACACUUGGUGAUGAUCUAAAUCAACAUACUGACACACAAAUACGUAUAUAAAUUAAAUAACAGCACCACGUACACUUUAGUGGGGGAAGUGGGCUAGGAAAAGACAACAACAUUAUGAUACAACCACAACGACAUGGACAAAUAGAUGCUCAUCUUGGAUUUUUACAACUUUAUCACAGGUUACAUUUUCUUCUAUAUCACGUGGAAUUUUCGAUUCCUUGGAAUUUAUGUGUACAUAGAGACCGAAAGAGUUCCGCGCCAGCAAUAAUCUCGGGAAGUCAUAAUACUAAUUGCCAUAUUAUAGACCUGAUACAUGAAAAGGAAGGCCUAAGGUUAAAAAUAGAAUUGUUUGCACAUAAGGAAAAGAUUUUAAAGGAAGAGGUGCAAAUAAUGUGUUGUAAGGGUGGAACUUCAUUAAAGAUCCAAUUGAACGCACGCGUCUUGGGAAAAGGCAAGGGCACUCCAUUAUUAAGGAAUGGAAUACGCAGUAUCGCCGUGGAACGAUCAAAUGAAGAAGAGGUGCUGGGUAGAAAAUUGAAGGCAUCUUUGAGCAUGCAAAGCCAACAGGAUCUCUAAAUUAAUACAGAGAUCGAGGCACACCAAGCAAUAGCGCAUGUAUCCAGUGGGAAACGUAUAAUGUGACAGGAGAUAACACUGAUGCACGAGAACAUUCCUUAUUUCGAACUUUAAUCGUGCAAAACAAUUAUUAAUGAUCACCACUUUAGCUGUAAGAAAGUUACAUGCACGUGUGUUCAAUUUCAAGCAUAAUGCAAUAAAUAUUUUAUCUAUCGAGAUCAUUUUAACUGCACAGUCUGUUUCAAAUUGCACGGUAUAAAUUUCGAAAUAUGCAAUGUUCAAUAUAAAAAAAGAGCUUCUCUUCGAAUUUAUUGCAAUUGACCUAAUUGCACAGGCCUAUAUCACAACCGCAGGACUUCUUUCUUCUCUUGUGUGGAGGAUUAUUAUAAUGAUAAUCUCGACGCAAGGAAUAAAGUGUUCCUUUGAUCGGCCUUUUUUUGGAAGAUCACAUCGAGAUACGUAUAAAUACGAGCUAUCGUUAAGUACCGCAUUUGCCUACUGUUCCUUCUUAAACAAAAACGUAUCACAU